AGUCACGUCGAAGAACAAUACAAUCAGCUGUUCGUUUAUCGAAUCCGCAAAAACAAUCUAACCAAAGCUGUCAUUGUCGACAGGGACAGGCAAAGACCAGUGAAAUGUCAUUCCUCUUUGAUUGGCUCUACAGAGGCUUUAGUGGUGUGCUACAGUUUUUAGGGUUGUACAAAAAAUCUGGAAAGUUGGUUUUCCUGGGGUUGGAUAAUGCUGGUAAAACAACCCUUCUGCAUAUGCUGAAAGAUGAUAGACUUGGACAGCAUGUGCCCACGUUGCAUCCAACAUCGGAAGAGUUGACGAUAGCUGGAAUGACAUUCACCACGUUUGAUCUGGGCGGCCACGUACAAGCUAGAAGAGUUUGGAAGAACUACCUGCCGGCUAUCAAUGGAGUUGUCUUUCUGGUUGACUGUGCCGACCACGACCGCCUUACAGAAUCCAAGAUCGAACUUGAUGCUCUGUUAGCAGAUGAGACCAUCCUCUCUGUGCCUGUGCUGGUCCUGGGUAACAAGAUAGACCGUCCUGAAGCCAUCAGUGAAGGGGGACUGAGAGAGGCGUUUGUUCUCGAUGGACAAUGCACGGGAAAGGGUAACGUGUCGUUGAAGGAUCUGCAGGCACGGCCUCUGGAGAUUUUCAUGUGCAGUGUCCUGAAGAAGCAGGGCUAUGGAGACGGCUUCAGGUGGCUGGCACAAUACAUCGACUGACAUCUAGGCAGCGCUUCUCUUACCAAACGGACUCCCAUCUUUCUGGGGGGGAAUGAAGGAGAUAAGCUAUCAAAUGAAACGGACCAUAUCGUCCACCCCCCACCCCCCACCCACCCCCCCGACUCCAUGUGGAAAGAUGUGAAGCUCCCAAUAAUCAGCUUUCUGAUUGAGUACACCUGUCAAUUUCAGCAUUAAUUGGUCAGUUUUAAAGGUUUCUAUCUAUGCAAACUUUUAAAAGUGGAUCAUGGUCACAAGAUUCAAGAUGGGUUUGCGUGUGAUACUAAUAAGUCCAUUAGUUCAGUACAACGUCGACCCGUUCUCUGGCGUGUAAAUUAGAGUAUCCGGUUCUACCCCAACAGAUCUGAUCAUAGCUGCAACUCAAGCUACAGUAUACGGCAGAUGACCUGUACCAAUGUAGAUCCUUUAUAAGGUAUACUGUGAACUUUUAAAAUUAUUUCUGAAACACAUGAAGGACCAAGUAGUUUUUAAAUGAAAUAGAUUAUAAAUGAUAAGGAUAUUUACGUGAAUGGUGGCGGUACAAAUGCUUGUACAUAGCAGUCCUACCUAGAAUAAGAUGUUCUUAUCACUAAGAGGACAUGAAAGAGGAUAGAUAGACUGAGCAGGAUUAUUCCAACAGACUCAAGUUCCAAUCGCAUCGAAUAGAACGUCAUAUAAAGUUUAGGGGCGGAGUCCAUUUGACCUGAUUCUGUUUCUAUACAUGGUUUCUGUAUCCCAAAUGGCAGCAUAUUGACUAUAUAGUGCACUACUUCAGAGAACCCAUACUCUCUAUGCCCCCUCCCUGGUCAAAAGUAGUGCAAUAAAUAGGGAAUAGGGUGCCAACCCUGAUCAAAAGUAGUGCACUAAAUGGGGAAUAGGGUGCCAACCCUGGUCAAAAGUAGUGCACUAAAUAGGAAAUAGGGUGCCAACCCUGAACAAAAGUAGUGCCCUAAAUAGGGAAUAGGGUGCCAACCCUGGUCAAAAGUAGUGCACUAAAUAGGAAAUAGGGUGCCAACCCUGAACAAAAGUAGUGCCCUAAAUAGGGAAUAGGGUGCCAACCCUGGUCAAAAGUAGUGCACUACAUAGGGAAUAGGAUUGACAUUUGGUACGCGUCCCGGGGGUUUGAGAUCAAUUGUAAUUGUCCACGCAGCUAUUGCCUUCAAUGCACUCAGCCAAAGACGUAUGCAAACUAUUUUGCAAGUGACUUUGGGAUGUUUACAUAUAUAAUAGACCUGGAGGGGGAGGGGUUAUAGUAGUGAUGUAAUGUUUGUCCUACUACAGUUUAAUGAAUGAAUGGCUAUACUGCCAUGAUAUGCAGGUACAUUGUAACAGGCCAGAGACAAGAGACCGCCAUUGCCAUCAUUCCAUGGUAUGCAGCAAUAAAGCGGAAUGACCAUCAGUGGCCACUGCAAUGCUAAUCUUAACAAAAAAGGCUAUGCUACUCUACUAACACAGCUCUGGCAGAGGUUUCGUUGAAAAAUAUAGAUAUUGGUCCCUUUUCAAUCAAGUCUGGUUUUAGAAUACAUAUAUUGGUCCUUUUUCAAUCAAGUCUGGUUUAAAAAUAUAUAUUUGGGCUCUAUUUGAUCAAGGCUGGUUUAAAACAACAACAAAAAAUCCCACUUGCAUGCUUUGAGUGACGUACUACUCAAGGAAACACCAGAUAGCCUGGGCACCAGUUUGAAUAGGGCUCUUGGUCCAUGCCCUUUCCUGUUCGCAGACCUGGGUCGUGUUCAUUAGGCACCAAACGGAUGAAAAUGGACUGAAACGGCACUUGGACAAUGGAAACACUAAUUUUCCUUUUCAGUUGCAAAAUGUUUUAAAAUGUUUUCCGUUGCAGGCCCUAAAAUGAACACGUCCCAGAUAUUUCUAGUAGAGGUCGACUGAUUAUGAUUUUUCAACGCCGAUACCGAAUAUUGGAGGACCAAAAAAGCCGAUACCGAUUAAUCGGCCGAUUUUUAUUUUAUUUAUUUAUUUGUAGUAAUGAUAAUUACAACAAUACUGAAUGAACACUUAUUUUCACUUAAUAUAAUACAUCAAUAAAAUCUAUUUAGCCUCAAGUAAAUAAUGAAACAUGUUCAAUUUGGUUUAAAUAAUGCAAAAACAAAGUGUUGGAGAAGAAUGUAAGAAAGCUAACGUUUAAGUUCCUUGCUCAGAACAUGAGAACAUAUGAAAGCUGGUGGUUCCUUUUAACAUGAGACUUCAAUAUUCCCAGGUAAGAAGUUUUAGGUUGUAGUUAUUAUAGGAAUUAUAGGACUAUUUCCCUCUAUACCAUUUGUAUUUCAUUAACCUUUGACUAUUGGAUGUUCUUAUAGGCACUUUAGCAUUGCCAGUGUUACAGUAUAGCUUCCGUCCCUCUCCUCGCUCCUCCCUGGGCUCGAACCAGCAACACAACGACAACAGCCACCCUCGAAGCAGCGUUACCCAUGCAGAGCAAGGGGAACAACUACUAGAAGUCUCAGAGCGAGUGACGUUUGAAACGCUAUUAGCGCGCGCUAACUAGCUAGCCAUUUCACAUCGGUUACACCAGCCUCAUCUCGGGAGUUGAUAGGCUUGAAGUCAUAAACAGCGCAAUGCUUGACGCACGACGAAGAGCUGCUGGCAAAACGCACGAGUAUGCUGUCUGAAUGAAUGUUUGCACGCCUGCUUCUGCCUAUCACCACUCAGUCAGAUACUUAGAUACUUGUAUGCUUGUAUGCUCAGUCAGAUUAUAUGCAACGCAGGACACACUAGAUAUCUAGUAAUAUCAACCAUGUGUACUAACUAGUGAUUAUGAUUGAUUGUUUUUUACAAGAUAAGUUUAAUGCUAGCUGACAACUUACCCUGGCUCACUGCAUUCGCGUAACAGGCAGUCUCCUUGUGGAGAUAGGUCGUUAUUGCGUUGGACGAGUCAACUGUAAGGUUGCAAGAUUGGAUCCCCCGAUCUGACAGGUGAAAAUCUGUCGUUCUGCCCCUGAACAAGGCAGUUAACCCAAGGCAGUUAACCCACCGUUUCUAGGCGGUCAUUGAAAAUAAGAAUGUGUUCUUAACUGACUUGCCUAGCAAAAUAAAGGUAUCAUUUAAAAAAAAAACAAUUUUUUUUAAAUCGGCAAAUCGGCGCCCAAAAAUACAGAUUUAUUUUAAUUUUUAUUAUUUUAUUUAUUUAUUAUUAUUUUUUUUUCCCGUAACAAUCCGAAACUUGAAAUCGGCCCUAAUUAAUCGGCCAUACCGAUUAAUCGGUCGACCUCUAAUUUCUAGGCCUACUAGUAAAUCUUCUUUGUCAUUCUAAGCCUCUGUCAUUUGCAACAUUUCUUAUUAUCUUGAUGUCAAUUUAAUUUGAAUCUGAAAUGGCCAUCACUGACAUAUAUUUUAGUUGAUUAUUAUUUAUUAUCAGAAUGAACUAAUGGGAACCGGUACUUCCAGCCACGUAGGCUAAUACUGCCUUAUAGUUUAAAUAGAGGGGAAUGUUUUGGCAGUCUGAUUCAGCCUUUUGAUGAUCUAUUUGUCACAUUUCCUGUCUGCUGUGUAGGUCAUUUAUUGAAAUGAUUUAUGAUGUCCAUGAUGUGAAGUAUUGGCUUUGUGAUUCAGACAAAUCUAUGGUUGAAAUGCUGCAGGUACUUCUUGACUAUCAGUACAAUGAUAUGAGAGUUCGUCUGUCGCUCUGAAUCUCUGGGAAUUGUAUCAGCCAGCCUUGUGCUCAGUUCCAUUUCAAUUCAGGAACUAAACUGAUAUUCACAUUUAGUCUCAAAGCUUUUUAAUGAGGAACAAUUUAAUUGGGAGUUUCAGUUUCCUACCUGAAUUUAAAUGAAACUGACCCCCAACGCUGUAUAUCAGUAUUUAACUAUUGAGUACCAUUAACGUUUCUGUAUUCAUUGUAAAUAAUGUAAAAUGGAGAUGGUCUCUUUCUUUGUAUAAUUCAUUAUCCUGGAGCUGACAAAACACGCAGGGUGUAUCCCAAAUAACACCCUAUUACCUACAUAGUGCACUACUUUUGACCAAAGCCCUAUUGAUCCUGGUCCAAUGUAGUGCACUAUAAAGUAUAGGUUGCCAUUUGGCACAUAGACAUUAUUUGCAUUAUUACUGGAUGUACUUAGGAUAACUCAGAUCAUUUUAACGUGAGAAAUUCCAUAAAUAUUUUUAACAAUCA